ACACCAAAUAAACCAAUCCUUUGUAUUAUUAAGUAUAGAUUCAAGACUUUAAAGUUUAUGCCUAGGGCUCAUCCUUUAACUUGGUCCUUUAAUCCUUUAAUCCUUUUGAAGCUAACAUAAAGUAUCCUUUUUUCAUCAUAAUGCUUAACUCUUAGGGGCAUUUGAUGCACAACAGUUUGCAAAUCAUGAUUAUCAAAAAUUAUGAAAAUUGUUUGGUGGGUCUGAAGCUUGCAAUUAUGGCCUUGUGUCUGCAUCUCCUCUCUGGUGUUUUGCUGAUUCUUGCCUCAGCAGCAACAGUCACUGUCGAAGGUGCAACGUUGUUCAACAAUGAUAUUAGGAGCAGUUCAUCCCUCAACAGGAGCAGUUUCCCACAAGGUUUUAUAUUUGGAACAGCAUCAUCUGCUUACCAGUGUGAAGGUGCAGCAAAUGUUGGUGGCAGAGGACCAAGUAUAUGGGAUACAUACACUCAUAAUUACCCAGAUAAGAUACUAGACAAGAGUAAUGGAGACGUUUCCAGCGAUCAAUAUCAUCGUUAUAAGGAAGACGUUGAAAUCAUGAAGGAAAUGAACAUGGAUGCUUAUAGGUUCUCAAUCUCUUGGUCCAGAAUACUUCCUAGUAAGAAACAAGGAAUUAUAUAUAUAUUUUUUGAAAUUUUUUUCAUUAGCAUUCCUUAA